AUGAUAUAAUUAUUUAUCAUUCUAGCACUUGCUUUUUCUAAGCCACUAAAUCCCAAAAAAGUCAUAUAUGCUAUUAAUUGUGGUGCACCAUCAAAUUAUAAAAGUCCUUCAGGAAUCCAAUAUGAAAAAGAUAUACAAACAGAUCCUGAAACAGUGGUGGCAGAUUACAGUUUGAAUUCUGAGGUGUCAAGUCAGCAAAUCAAAUAUACAAGAGAGCCUGAAAUCUAUUUAACAGAAAGACAUGCAUACAAAUCAUUCUCAUAUCAGAUUCCAUUGUAAAAAGAGGGCACAUACACGUUGAUUCUUAAAUUUGCAGAAAUGUACUUUGAUACCAAAGGAAAGAGAGUUUUCCAUAUUAAAUUUGGACAAUAAAGAGUCAUUGAAAAACUUGAUGUUGUGGCUAAGGUUGGAAAGUUUGCUUCGAAUGAUGAAUAUAUAGAAUUUGAAUAUGUGGCUGGCCAAGUGUUCCAUAACAAUGUUUUGUGUGUAGAUGCAGUUUAGGAUGGUAAAUUAUAAGUGAAUCUUGAAAAAACAAAGUUUGAUAACCCAUAUAUUCAUGGUAUAGUUUUGUAUGCAGGUGGAAUCACUGAAACGGAUUAUGAAGAAUAUCAAUACAUGAAGGAGAAUUGGGAGAAGGUUAUCAAUGAAGAGAAGAUUAAGGAAGAACUUGAGAGAUAGAAGAAAUCUGAAGCCAAGGUUAAAAGAAAGGAGAGAGUCAAAAUUAGAAAUGAUCACUUAAAUGAAUUAGAAAAUGAAUUUGAAGUUGAUGAUUAAACAUAGAAUUCUUCUGCUCCAGUUGUUAAAAGAGGAGGAUUAAGAAACUUAAUUACAAGUUAUGUUGGUACAGCAGGGUUGUACUUUUCUUUUUUUAUUGGAAUGUCAAUUCUUAAAAAGGUGACUUCGACCAUUUCAAAUGCUAAAAUUAAAGGAAUUGAAAAGGAUAUUACUGAAACAAAACCUAAGCAAGAGAAAUAACCAAAAGAAAAGAGUGAUGAAAAAAAGAAUAAACCAAAGGAUACGAAAGAGAAAUCUAAAGCAAAAUAAUAAUGAUGAGUUAUAUUUGUUCAAAUAUAUUAUGUUAUUGCACACCCUAUGUUAAUACGCAUUUUAAAAA